GCCUAAAGUCCUAAACAAAGCAAAAAAGCGUCGAAGAACUCUUUCGUCCUAGUUCUUAUUAACUCGGAAUGGCAGGAGUUUCGAGUUCAAGCUCAACGAUGGCAGAAGAGGAGCUAACGUUGACAGUCAAGUGGAGCGGGAAGGAGUACACGGUUCGAGUAUGCGGCGACGACACUAUGGGUGAGCUCAAGCGCCGAAUCUGCCAACUCACCACCGUCUUGCCCAAACGCCAAAAGCUUCUGUACCCCAAACUCCUGCCUUCCAAACUCGCCGACGACGCCGUUUUGCUCUCCUCUCUCCCUUUCAAGUCCUCAGUCAAAUUGACCAUGAUUGGUUCUAUGGAGGAUGAUAUUAUAGUGGAUCCCGUCGACUCUCCUGACAUUGUUGAUGACUUUGAGCUCGGCCAAGAUGAGGCUGUUGAUAUCAAGGAUGAUCAUGUUAAUAACCAGAAAUUGAGGAGGCGUAUAGAUCAUUACAAGAUUGAACUUAAGAAUCCCUGCCGUCAAGGAAAGAAGCUGCUUGUGCUGGAUAUUGAUUAUACUCUCUUUGAUCAUCGGUCCACAGCAGAGAACCCACUUCAACUUAUGCGACCUUAUCUUCAUGAGUUUCUGACAGCUGCUUAUGCGGAAUAUGAUAUUAUGAUAUGGUCUGCAACCAGCAUCAAAUGGGUUGAAUUGAAGAUGGGACAGCUUGGGGUACUCAACAAUCCCAACUACAAAAUCACUGCUCUUCUAGACCAUUUAGCAAUGAUUACCGUUCAGUCAGAUUCGCGUGGAAUCUUUGAUUGCAAGCCACUAGGCUUAAUCUGGGCUCAAUUCCCUGAGUUCUACAGUUCAAAAAACACUAUAAUGUUUGACGAUCUGCGAAGAAAUUUUGUGAUGAACCCACAAAAUGGUUUGAUCAUCAAGCCGUUCAGGAAGGCCCAUUCUAGCCGAGACAGUGAUCAGGAGCUUAUCAAACUCACAUCAUAUUUGCUUGCCAUUGCGGAACUUGAUGAUUUGAGCGCCCUUGAUCAUAAUUCCUGGCAGUCAUUUACUGAGGACAAUGUCAAAAGACGUCGGCAUGAAUGACAUUUAAAGCUCUGGACCAGUUUGUUGCUUAUAUUGACCUUUUGAGGGAUGUCAAUGCUUUAUCUCAGGGAUGAGCCUAGUAACUUGAAGCCUUUUGAUGGAGUUCAUUGAUUACUUUAAUCAUCUCGUUCAAGAUUUGUAUAAAUUUCUUAAAGAAUUGUAUAAAUUUCAUAAAUUUUACAAUAUGUAUUCUGCACUUGGAAGGAUACUUUGUGUGUUUUAUGUUCAAAACUGCUUAGCUACAUGUAAGCAGUGAUUUAGACUAAAA